GAGCUGCCGAUUUAGGUCGCCCGGUUCGAACAGAGCAGCAAGAUAUUUUUAUGGCCGAUCUGCGGUGCAGACUUACGAGCUUUUUGGUCACGUUGCUAGUUACAUGAAUUACUAUUAAUAGCGUAGAAUCGUAAAACUCAUUCCAUAAAAAAUAUCGAGUGAUGUGCUUAAUGCACAUUGUACAGUCUUCCUGGACGAGAUUUUUGAUAGGUAAUAAAUCGUCAACAGAAACAGAUAGUCGUUAUAUGUUAUAGUAUUGGCAUUUAGUGUUGAACCGUUGACAUUUUUAAAUUGCAUUUGUAACUAGUUUGAGUGUGGUGUUCCAAAAUGCAUCAUUUGUACCCGUUGGCGAAGGGUGACCCAUUGUGCCCUCUGGGUUUCCACCCACAAGUGCGAUGGCCAACGCGUUGUAAGCGUUGCUUUCGCGAUUACAAGGAGCAUGGUGGACGGAAGAAGGAGGAAGACUUCACCGCAUCUACACCCAGCCUCUCAACUUGGAACUCGCCUUCAUCACGGAACCGUGACGAUGAAAAUGGCUCUGAAGUUGAGAAGGUGACACGUGGCUGGGCAUCGAGUUCAAACCUGAGCACGAUCGAUCAACCCAAAAAGGACGCCUUCUCCACAGGGUUUAACAAAACCAGCACAUCGUGGACGUCGACGCCUGACUUGGGGGCCAACGAAACUGACACCAGCACUGCAGUAACAGUCAGUUUAAAGUUACCUAAACGAAGAAACACGGGGCCCUUACCUUCUAUAGACACCGGUCAAAGUAAUAUAGAAACUGUCACAGUGCGUCGACCAUCACCAUCUCCUCCGCCAUCGACAACCACGGCUCAGAUCACGAUCAACAAAAAUGACUCACUCGCUGAGCGAGUACGAAAGAUGCAACUUAUGAAAGCACAAAAUAGUUUUGAUAAAGAAUCCAGUGUCGAAAAAGAAAGAGAGAAGCGUAGUAACUCCAGAAGUAAAGAAGAAGAGAAAAUAAGUCGACAAAAAGACGAUCGUGUCGUUAGAGAAGAUGUUAACUUUUUAAUACAGGUAAAAAGUUCUCGAAAUAGUUCAAUUUCCAAACCUCCAAUACGCGGUGGUCCAUCGCGUGAUAAGGAAGAUGAGUCUGAUGAUGAAGCAAGUACAGUUGGCACCGUCACCACAGACACGGAAACGACACUUAUUGAUCCAAAUAUAAAGGAUUAUCAAGACCAAAUAGAAAGCUUAAAGCAGGAAGUAGAUAUUCUUAAGAAACGUUGUGAACGUGUUGAAAAAGAAAAAAGUGAUAUUUUGCUUCGAAGGUUAGCUAAUAUCGAUACGGCAAAUAAAUAUACCAGUGGUCGCACGUCAGAAGUACUCAAAUUACAGCAAAAAGUAAACGAACUUACUUCCCAAAACGAAGAUUUGAAAGAUGAAAAGAAACAUCUGUCUUUACGAAUUAAAGAGAUGGAAGUGGAUAUCGAAUCUCGUCCGUCAAUAGAAGCACAAACGCGCCAAAUAGAACAACUGAGAUCAAAGUUACUGGCGGCAGAAACUCUUUGUGAAGAACUAAUGGAUGAAAAUGAAGACAUGAAAAAAGAAUUAAGAGAUCUUGAGGAAGAAAUUGAAGAAAUGCAAGACAAUUUUAGAGAGGAUCAAGCAGACGAAUACUCCUCGUUAAGAAGAGAAUUGGAACAGACUAUAAAAAACUGUAGAGUUUUAUCUUUCAAGUUAAAAAAGACUGAACGCAAAAAUGAGCAACUUGAACAGGAGAAAGCUGAUCAAGAAAAGAAACUUUUGGAAAUAGUAGGAGGUGCAGAGGGUCUUCAGCGCGAGAAUCGUAUUAAAGAACUGGAAAAGGAAGUCGCGCGUUCAAACGAAGUGGCUCUGCGCCUGCAGCGGGAGUUGGCCGAAGCUAACGCCAAGUUGGCCACCGCUUCCGGUGCACCUCCCGCCAAUGUUAAGAAAGCUCCACUUACAGAAGGCAAAGUAUCACGAUCUUCGCUAACGCGAGGAGGCAGCCAGGAAGAUUCUGCACAAUUGCUGAGAGAUUUGCAAGAUUCAUUGGAACGUGAGGCAGAUUUGAGAGAACAAUUACGCAAUGCCGAGGAAGAGGCAAAUAACUUGCGUAAAACUGCAUCCAGAUACGAGGACGACAAUGAGUCCUUACUUCUACAGCUGAAGAAAAUGGCUACCAAAGCCAGAACUACAGGUCGCAAGCUCUCGCCUUCACCGCCUACAAAUAGACUUGCCAUUGAAGCUCCUAAUGAAAAAGAUGAAGGUAUAUCAGAUGAAGAGGAUCCAGCAGAGCUGAGAAUAUUAUUAGAACUGAACGAACAGGAAGCUGCUGUUUUACGUAAAAAAGUAGAAGAUUUGGAACAGGAUCGGGAUUCUUUAACGAAGCAAGUGAAAGAAUUGACAGAUAAAAUAUCAAAAACUAAACCUAAUACCACUUCAACGGUAACCUUGCGCAGAACUACGCCGAAAAGUAAUUUAGCGGAAGAAAAGGUUAAGGUUCUUGAAGACGAAAUAGCUGAAUUGAGAAAAAAACUUAUAGAAAAGGAAAGAGACUGCGAAAGAUUACACGCCGAACUUAGUCUUACUCAAAAAAAACCAAAAGCAUCGUUGAUAAAGAGCAAGUCUUUAGAUGCAACGUGCGAUCAACAAAACGUGGAUUUAAAACGACAACUUCAAGUUAUAGAACAAGAAGCAAAUGUUUUAAGAGCUAAAACACAGGCGCUAGAAGCUGACAAUGAAAAAUUACAAACUGAGAAUAAAAAACUUCAGUUACUGAAAAAUGCAAAAAGUUUAAAAACAGAAAAAAGUUUAGAUCAAAAUGUAACUAAAAUAAGUCAACUAGAAAACGACCUUAAAGAAGCCCUAGCAAAAAUAAGUGAAUACGAAAACAAUAAAGACGAAAAAACCGAAAAGAAAGUUCGAUUCGGUGAAUCUAAAAAAGAAGCAGAUGCUCUAAAGCAAAAACAGGACGAACUGGAUAAAUUAAAGCUCAACUUCAGCAAGGUUGAAAAAGAAAAACUUAAAAUACAAGCUGUGUUAAAGGAAUUAAAAGAAGAUGCACUUAAAUCUUUCAAACCAAGAACACCGAAAAAAGUUACGGAUAUAACAACUAAAUUACAAAUGAAAAAAAUGGUGGAAGAACUAGAAAACGAAAUCGGAGAAAUGUAUGUCAUAAUGAAAAAUUCCGGGCUUUCAUCUAAAGAAUUAACUCUUAAAAGUCAAGCAGAAAAAGACAUAGAAAAUGUAAAAUCAAAAUUGAAUAAAACUGAAACUGAGUUCAUAAAUGAAAAGAACCGAUUACAGAGUGAAAUUUCAAAACUCAAAGAUUUAAAUACUAAAUUGGAGUCCGAAAAUAAGUCAUUUAUUAGCAAGUUAAAGGCUUUAGAGACAGAUGGCAAUAACGCAGUUACUGAAUGUAAAACACUAAAAGAAGAGAAGAAAAAUCUGGAAACUCAAAUCGCUAAACUAAAUUCUGAUAUAAAGAAAAACAGUUCCCAGCAGACUGCCAUGGCGGAUUGCAUGAAAAAAAUUGAAGACCUUAAAAAAGAAAUGGAAACUAAAGACAAGGAAAUUGAUAAAUUAAAGAAGCAAGUGGAAGCCAUUAACAAAUUAGAACAAGAUAAAAAUAAACUACUAAAAGAGGUUGCAGAUAAAACUAAAAAGAUAAACGAAUUGGAGAAAAAGUUAAAAGAAGCUGAAGAUAAAUGUAAGAAAACAGAAAAAUUAUUAGCUACUCGCAAGGAUCGGGUUGCAAAGUUGGAAAAAGAGCUAUCCGAAGAAAAAGAACAAAACGAAGCGCUGACGAAUUCAAAAAGACGGAUUUCUAUUGAUCUUACAACUGAAAAAGAUGACCUUCAAGCUAAACUUUUUAAAGCCGAAAGCAAAAUCAUAACUUUAGAAACAGAUAUGAAAGAUUUGAAAUCAGAAUAUGAAAAUAAAAUAACUCACUUGGAGGCCUCCAUAGCUGCAAAAGAUAAUCAUAUAAAGCAGCUGGAAGAUGCACUACGUGAAACCUCGACUCAGAAGUAUGAUGAAGCAAUUUCAUCAGUUGAGAUGGCUCAACUUAAGGAAAAGUAUGAGAAAGUCACUCAGGAAAUUACGGAAAAAGAAGAAGAUUUGGCAACAUACAGAAAUAAACUACAAAAGACUGAAAAGGAACUAUCAACAUUGCAAACGGAAGUAACAUCGUUAAAGUCUGAUGUUAACAAAUUUGAAAAUGAAAAAAAAGACUUAGAAAAUAAGUUAAAAGCAGAGAAAAAGGAAGCUACAUAUUGGGAACAAAAAGCAUCGGAGCUUGAUACGGAUUUGCAGGCGGAGAGAAAGAAAUUUGAACGUAUCCGUGUUAAUCACGACAAAGAUAUUAAAAAUAAAGAAGUCGAAUUAUCAACCCUUAAAGGAAAAUUAAAAGUUUUAGAGCAAACUUCUGGAGCUGGUGCUAAACGAAUAUCAGAACUCAAACAAGAACACGAAGAAGCAGUAAAAAAAUUAGAACAUUCAUUAGCGGUUGAAAAAGCAGAGUACGAAGAGUUGACAGGUAAAUACGAAUUACUAGAGGAAGAACAUGUCGUUACGAAAGCGAGACUUACUGUUGAUAAAGAAAAAGCACAGAGUGAACUUCUAAUAGCACAAAAGGAAUUAGACGCAGUAUUGGCUGAAAUGAAAGCGUUACAAGAUAGCUACGGCAGCCAGACGGUCAACUGGAACAAAGAAAAGACUGAGCUUCAGAGAGAAAUAGCGUCCUUGCAAGAGCGCUUGUGCGGCGGCGGUUGGGAAGUGGAACGUGCAAGGCUCACGGCUCGUCUGGAACAACAAGAAAAAGAUCUUCGCGCCGCUAAAGAAGCCCAUGACAUGCUUUCUCAUCAUCACGAAGUUGCCAAAAAAGAAUUGGAAGACGCUCGAAAAAAACUUGAAGAUUAUGAAAAAGUAACGAAUGUUCAAAGGACGUUGAAAUCUGAUAAUGCUGAACUAGAACGUGAACUGGCGUCGCUCAACACUCGACUUGAACAAGCUGACAAAGCGAGGAAGAAUGAAGUAGCAGAAAUAAAAAAGCGAUAUGAAGCACAAAUGAAUACGAUGCGAGAUGAGCUCAAGUCAUUACACAAUCAAGUGUCGCGAUUUAGACGAGAACGCGACAAUUACAAACAAAUGCUAGAUGUGGCACAAAAGUCAGUGACAGAUAUGAAAAAUGGCGAUAAAAGAGCAACUCGCAAUUCAAUAUCAAGCACUGAUGAGGAGGAAUAUCGAAACAAAGUUGCAAUACUAGAACAGCAAUUGGCGUGCACUGAAGAUGAGCUUUGCGAAGCGCGCCUUCUGGCCUCAAAGCUUAACACGGAACUUGUCAGCGAGCGCUCCUCGGCAGAAGUCCGUUUCGCUGAGAUGCAAUCGCGAUUAAAUGAAUACGAGGAGGAGCGGCUGCUGUCGUCGGGGCGCGCGCGCGUGGCGGGGCUGGCGACGCGCAUGGAGCUGGCGUGGCACAAGGAGCGCGACGAGCAGCAGCGCCUGCUGCACGAGACCUCCACGCUGGCGCGCGACCUGCGCCAGACGCUCUUCGAGUUGGAGCGAGAGAGGGAAAAAGAGAGACUAGACAUGAAGAGAAGAAUAGAACAAUUAAAGAGGACUACUGAGGAGGAGACCGAAGAAGCGAAGAAAAAGGUGACAGAGCUGCAAUGCGACUUGCUAGAGUUACGAGACGCGCACGCCAAACUGCGUACGGCCAAUGAGAAACUGCGACGCGACAAGGAACGUCAUGACCGCGAUCGCGACCAGAACAAGCUACUCGUUGCCUCCCUCAAGCGCACGCAACAGGAAGACGAUAGAAUUAUUACUCAACUGCUGGAAACGAUUGACGAUUUGAUGAAACAGAGCCCGGACUUAUUCCGAACUGAGCCGACUGUUAACCCGGAGAAGAGUUUAAUGACACCUACUCCUCCUAGAAGAAAUAGGUCGUCCGCGUCGCGCUCGCGCUCGGGCACGCCGGAGGGCGGCGAGGCGGCGCGCGCGGCGCGGGCGGGCGCGGGCGCGCGCCUGCGCCGCCUGGCCGACGAGCUGCGCGCCUCGCGCAUCGCCGAGCGGCGGCGCCGCCAGCAGGCCAGCGCCAGGCGGGCUAUGUCGACGGAGCCGCGUGACAACCUGUCGGUUGCGCCAGCCUCUCGGACGCCUUCACGAGCACCGUCGCUGAAAAAGCGAUCGAUAUCUCUGGAACAAACCACUAAAGAACAGACGGCUAUUUGGAAAUCAAUAGAUGACAAUAGCGUAUCUUCGUUGCAAUCUUUAGAUGGUGAUUCAGAUAUGCGACUAUUCACCAUGCAACGUGACUCGAGUCUCGAUAGCCGGUUAUCAGGAGGUUCAGUUCAAAGUGACGUGUUGCCUUCAGACAAGAAAAAGAAAAAGAAGGGUCUAUUUGGUAAACUGAAAGAGUUCACUAAAUCCCGCUCUAUCGAUGACCACGUUGGUAACGAGGAGUUUAGACCAAUAGGAACUGUAUCACAGGGCUCAGAUUCUGAUAUGAGCGCAGCGGGAAGCAAACGCGAUCUUCGAGGAAGACUAUCCGACAUGUUCAGCAGAAAAGGACAACUAUCUCGCGGAAACAGUAAAGACCAAAGCCCAGAGCGCCCGGCUAGCGCAACUGGUAGCACCACUGGUAUUGCGAACACGAAGCCAAUUCUACGCAACGCCAGUGCAAAUACUCUAACACGUACUACUGUUAAACCGAGCCAAUCUCCCGUCGCCCGAGCUUCGAGUGCCACCCCCGGUGCGAAAAGGAAAGGAAAAUAAUUAAAGUAUUAGUGUUUCGCUUUAUUAUUGUAUUUAUCCAAACUCCUGCGAAUAUUCCACAUAACUUGUAAUAAUAUCACAAUACAUAUCAGAUAGAACUAUCGAAGAAUAAUAUAUAAUGAAGAUAACGUUCCUUCCGAUCCCCACUUCGUCCGCUAUCGUUGCUCGGAGACGAGCGCCUAGCUUUCUGUCGGCGAUACUUAUAUUUGUAAUUUUUAUAAUUAUAAACUGUUGAAUCAAA